GUUUCUAGUCUUGCCACAAAGCGUGCUCCUGCAGGCAGAAUCCAAUGCUGUCGCAGUACCUUCCGCCGCCGGGCGCGUCGCCCAUCUUUGACUUUACGCACGUUGACGAGCCGCCCGACGAGGCGCCGGCGGCCGCGCCCACCGACACCAUCUGGCUCGUCAAUCCGGCCAAGUUGACCGACGUCCAAGAGCUCACGCCGGCCGUCGCCGCCACCAUGCCGACGCGCAGCACGACGACACCCAGCGAUAUCAUCGAAGCUGGCGCGCACCUCGUGUCCCGAGGCCUUCCAGUAGCGGUGGUCAAUGCGAUCCUCGACGCGUCCGGGUCUGUACUUGUGUUUGACGCCGAAACGACGGCCGAGGAGUACGAGUACGCGCCAGCCGAUGUCGAGUACCUGCGCCUCACCGUGCCAACCAUGGACCACCGGGCGCUCGAGUUUCUGCGCUGCACGGCGCUUGUCAUCGAGUGCACGUCGCAUGACCAGGGCUGGGCCACGGACGAGCCAGAGCUCAAUGGGUCGUACAACGGCUGCUUCAGCUGGGCCGAGUUCCAGGUCUCGGGGCCCGACGGAAUGGUGCUGCUGCCGCGUCGCGAAGCUUGCCGCAAUUUGCGCGCGUCGGGCAGCUACCGCCACCAUAUGCAAUACGUUACGGACCCGACUGUGCUCCGCUUGCUCUUGACGCCGGGCAACCAAGUCUCGCUGCACCUGCGCGCCGAGUACGGCGGCUGGAGCAACCAAGCAACCUAUGGCCGCCUCGCCCUCGUGUACACGGUGGGCCUCAAUGAAGACAGCACGUAAUUCGCAACAAUACUGAAUCCACGAGUGAUGUAUACCGAGCACUCGAUGU